UGUUAAGAAGCUGUAAAGUUAAAACUUAAAAACCAAAAGAAAAAAUGCAGCAACUUUUGAGAAAGCCCGCUAAAAUGUAAAGUAAAAAAAAAAGUCUCGGUGGCUGACUUGAUAAUAGUCUUGGUCACUCAUAGUGUUAAGCAAAAAAAGAAAAAGGAAAGAAAGAAGAAGAUGAGAAGAAUACUGUCAAAGUCUUACCGUUCCCCUUUUCAUUUCUAGGAGUCUCUCUCGACUCUAGCAUUUCCACUAUUUCUUUCUUGGAAUCAUUUUCAUUGUUGUUUGGUCUAUGCUGUCACAGGCUUCCGACUUGUCUCUAUGUCACUACCAAUCACUUUGUUUCAAGUCUGAGACAUGGACGCAUACCCUUCUUUUUUCAUUUCAAUGCCUUGGAGUCAUCUAUGGUCAAUUAAGUUCAGCUCCUCUAUAUGUGUUUGGGACAGUUCAUCAAAAAGAGUUUGUAUCAGAUGAGACAGCUUAUGGCCUUUUUUCCUUUAUUUUCUGGACUAUGACCAUCAUUUCUUUGCUGAAAUAUGCCCUUUUAAUACUGAGAGCUGAUGAUGAUGGAGAAGGUGGUACUUUUGCUUUGUACUCAAUCUUAUCCACACAUGCCAAAGUGGUUUCCUCAAAAGCUUUAAAGAAUUUGCUCAUACGAAAAAACUCCUAUAAUAAUAACAAGGUUGGCUGGAAUGGUGCAUGAAUCAUGUCUCUUCAAUAUACUUCAACUCGCAAGAAGUCAAAGAUGCAUGUCCAGUUUGUCACAAAAUUUGUACUUGUAAGGACUGCUUGGAAAAUCCAUCUAAAGACAGUGAAAGUAAGGACUUCUUGGGGGAUAAACAUGAAGUUGAAGUGAUACUGUGUUUCCAUUAUUUGAUUUGUAUGCUUCUUCCUGUGUUGAAACAAAUAAACAAAGACCAGAAUGAUGAACUACAAAUAGAAGCAAGAAUAAGAGGACAAAAACCAUCUGAUCUUCAUAUAAAACAGGCUAAUACUGAAUGCAGUAAGCAGCACUGCUAGUACGUAUCAUGGGGUCUGUUUUGUUCGACAACGCUUUGGAGUUGCUGUAUCCUUGCGAGGUUAUGGCAUUAAUCAUUUAUGAGUUGAAAAAAAGGGCUUUAAAGUCAUCAGAUUGUCUAGCAGCAUCCCUCUCUAUCAAGGCCCUGUCUGUAGGGAUAUUUCCAUAUGUUCUGAAGCUAUUGCAAACAACAACACCAGAAUUACAACAGAUUCUUGUGUUCAUCUGGAUGAAGGUUCUUGCUCUUGAUAAGUCAUGCCAGGUUGAUCUAGUGAAGGAUGGGGGACAUACAUAUUUCAUCAGGUUUCUUGAUAGCCAGGAAGCAUAUCCAGAACAGCGUGCAAUGGCUGCAUUUAUUUUGGCUGGUCAAGAAGCCUGUAUUGAAUCUGUAAUGAAGACACGGACGGAGUGCGUUGGUUUUGCUAGAAUUGGAAGUGAAGAUCAGAUCAUUGUGGCUGGUACAAUGAAGCAACUUCAAUUGCAUGUUUUUUCCUAUCAAAUAGUACUAUAGGAGUGUGCAACUACUCAAAUUUUGAUGUGUUAUUAUGUAACAAAUUAAACUCUUCAAUAUUUUGUGCUGAAAGUAGUAACUUUUUAAUAUGUUGAAUAUUUAAGACUACUUGAAUACUUAAACAACAUUUUGUUGUUGAUGACAGUGUUGAAUGUUUUAAACUAAUUUGUGGAUUGUUAAUACAAUGUUGAAUGUUUUUA